UUAGUUCGGGAAGUAAACUGAACUCGUUCGCAUGACAUAUAUAUUACACAAUAUUAUUUGGAGGAAAACAUUAACUUUGGUAUGAAUUUUUGUACACAUAUUUUUAUUUUUAAAAGCUAGACUGACUAAAACGAUACAGAAAUAAGAAUUGUGUACAAGAAUAACAAGAAUGACAAAAAGGUCAACGCUGUCGGCAUUAUUGUCAAACGCGAUGGACAAAAUGGGGUACGGCGCAGCUAUGGUUAAAUGUAGACAAGGGACGUAUAGGGAACUGGACAAAAUUUCUAACAGAAAUAAUAAAGAUGGACCAUGUACAAGAUUUACCACUGGCGGUAAGGCUGAGGGAACUGCCCGGUAUUUUGAAAGUGACAUUGAUCACAUGCACAUUGUAAAACACGUAAUUUGCUCCAAUGAACCCGAGCAUUUUGACGGUUCGAGCCAAAUAACACUAUUUAAAGUGGAGAAUGAAGAAACCCCUCCAGGAUACGCAAAGCUGAAACUGUUGAAGCAAAAUGGAAAUUGUCUAAAAGAAGAAAUUGCUGAUUCACUCUUUGAAAAUUCUAAAGGUGAGAAAUAUAUUUCGAGUAUAAAAUUCACAGAGAAUAUAAAGGAGACUACAAUAUGGCUACCUGGCUUUACAGCCCAGGCAAAAAGUGGACCUUCAUCACCUGUAAGCAAUGGAUACCUGUCUAUUGAUAGAGUCGUUUCUUUCAACUGUUUCCUUCCAACUGAUAGUAGAAAUUGGCCGAGUCAGAGAUCGGAACAUACAUGGUGUGGAUUUAAAAAUAGAUUGGAUAUUUCUGAAAUCGAGGCUCACGCUGUUCCAGUUGGUAACAAUCUAAGCGCGGAUAAAUAUUUGGAAUGGCGAGUGAGUUACACCAAGGCGGAGCUAUUCCUCAUAUUGUCUUUAAGUCAACCUGAGUUAAAAGUUUAUAUACUUUUAAAACUUAUUACAAGAACUGUUCUAAAACCUAUAUGUAACGAAAUGACGUCAUACCUGAUGAAAAAUGUAAUUUUAUGGGUAUGUGACCGUCACCAUAGCCCGUAUUUCAGUAGAAACGAAAACAUUCUAGACGUUCUACAGUGUAGUAUAAAUUUUUUAAGAAAUUGUUUGUUGGCGAAUGUUCUCCCAAACUUUAUGCUGCCAUCGAGAAACUUAUUACGUGGUCGCGUAGGACUGCACGAGAACAAGAAGUUAAUACAUAUCUUAAGUAAUAUGUUAAGUUCCGGACCAGCGAUGAUUUUCUAUUGCAGCAAAGUAAAAAUCGCAAUGCAUGCUAUUCUUACAAUACCAAAGAUAUUUGAAGCUUACAGCGAGUUUAGGGAUGAUAUAGAAAAGAUGAUAAUGGUUCUGUGCACGUGCCGUGCAAGAUUGAGAACACCAGGCGUCAGUCAAGAACAGUAUGAUAAAUUGUUGUUACAGGAUAGAAUAUACAGGACAACGAAGUUGAAGAUACUGACACAAAUUGGACUUUUAUCUCCAUCCACCGAAGUUAGCCAAGACGAGAUAGAAGAACUUAUAAAAUCAACCAAAGGAAAAUACUAUGAACGACUUUCACGGAUGUUAUCGUAAAACAAAUGCAACUAUUCAACGAUUUAUAUACUUCCAAUCUUUAAGGUUUGAUUUGGUUUGGGUUUACGGCGCGCCAACACAUUACAUGGCGCCAGAUAGGACUAAAAGUCUAAACUGUUUGUUUUCACAUCUAAAUUAUAUCAAAAUAAAAAAUAUGAGGCAUGGAA